UUCGCAUUAAGAAGAAAAAAAUUGUGCAAAAAGCUACGAUAAAAUGAUCGGAGAAAGGAUUAUCGUUAGUUCGUUAAUUCGUCAAUUAAGAAAUCAUAAGUUCAUUUGCUUUGUCUCGAAGUUAGAGAUACGGACAGUACGGAUUUUAUCAGCGGUGCCGAUUUCAAUGGUUCGUCACGAUUGUUUCAUUAGAGAUAAUGCCAGUGUCAUUAUCAUCCAAAGCGCGGUCGAGAUUAACAAAGCGCUCGACGAAAGCCAUCUCGUCGUCGACGCGCCGAUGCGACGGAUCCUCUCGUGUACGAGGCACGUACUGAAUGAACGAUCUGCCGAAAUUACAAUACAAUGGUCCAGAAGAGCCACUUGACAAAUACCCGUUAGAUGAAUCAUGCACCCCGCGACGGGCGAGAUUAUGACCCGUGUGAAACGCGAUAGUAGCUAGUAGAUGCGAGGCCGAAGAAGAUGACUUCUUCCGAGCGAACGAACACAGAAAGAAAAUAUUUAUUACUUUCGUCAUUACACAUUAGAGGAUGUCGAAGAUGUUGCUAAAACAUAUAAAAAAAUAGAUACGACAAAACACGACGAAGAUGAUGUUGAAGAUGAUACUAAAGACUUCAAGACAAAACUAGAAAACAAAGAUAUAAAAGAAGAAAAAAAAGAUGAAAUAGAGUCAAAAGAUGAUACCAAAAUUCUAGAAAAGGAAGAGAAAGAUGUAGCGAUACCAGAAGUAAUCGACGAGAUUGACAUAUUGGCGAAAUUUAUAGUGCAAUUUGAAGCAAGAAAGAGGAAAGAAUUGGAAGAAAAAGCUGAAGAAAAGAAGAAACAACUGCAACAAUUGAUUGUGUAACUUGAGCUUGGUAACUUGGUAGCUUAACAUUUCAAUAGCACAUACAGAAUGUAUUCCUGUAUUCUGGCAUUCUGAUGUUCGCAGUUCGAUCUUGUUAAAGAUGUUUCUCUGAUUUAUGAAUUAUAAAAUAGCACAACGCAAAUAAAUGUUAGGACCAAUUCUAUCUAUUUUUUUAAUUUCGGAUAAAUUUAAUCUAAUAGUUUGAUAAACAAGACAGGUUAAACGAAAGAAAGAAGAAGAUGAGGUGUCUGAGGAAACGCCGAUCACUCCGGAAGAUGAAGAAAUCGCAAUUGACCGGGUAUCCACCGAGAGUUCGGUUCACCCGUGUUUGCGCGAGAUAGAAAUCAGUGAUUCUCAAUUAAAAAUCGUGAAUCCGUACACGGUGUAUUCGAUUCCGGACGAUCCCGGAUUGUCGCCAGCUUUCUGGCUGUUAGGCGAACGCCCGCCGAUUUACAGCACGGACGGCGUGCAGAAAUUCUAUGAUACGGUAAAACGUGCGGAUUUGAGGCCGAUCAGCUCAAUGAAGGACAUGCUCGUAACCGAUCAGCUAAAUUUGCGAUAUUACGGACUCGAACCGAAAGUAAUGAGAGCAAUCUGCGAGGCCUUGGCAGAUAACACUUUCGUACAGAAAGUGGAUUUAAAGGACAAUAGAUUGUCCCCGGAGGCAUGCGGAUAUUUAAAUAAUCUACUGCUCAGAAAUAAUACGAUAAUCGACUUGUCAUUGUCGGGUUGUCGAAUUGGCACAAGUGGUGCGAAAAAAUUGUGCAACGCAAUAUCGGAGAACACAACUCUGAAGACGUUGGAUCUUAGCAGGUGCGAUAUCGGAAACGAAGGUUUCGCAUAUAUUGCGUCCGCGCUCUCUGAAAAUCGAGACUUGGAAAGCGUUAAUUUAUCCGACAAUCAUCUGGACGAAUCAUGCUACGAAAAUCUGCGGGAUCUAUUGUUGCGCUCUAAAAUCUUGCAUCUGGACCUAUCGUGGAAUUCUUUGUACAGCGCGAAAACUUGGAAAGCUCUGGUUGACGGACUGAAAAAAAACGAGGAAUUGCGUUCCUUAAAUUUAUCUUGGAAUUCACUUGGAGAAGAGUGUGUACAUCAUCUUCACACAUUAUUAUUACGAUCGCGGAGCAUCGAGAAACUGGAUUUAAGUUGGAAUAGAUUUACUGAAAAGGAUGCUGAAAUUAUCGCAAAAGCUUUAUCAAAAAAUAAUAAAUUAAAGGAAUUAUAUCUCGGAAAUAAUUCAUUAAAAACACAAGGUGCCGCAGCUCUGGUUCGCGCAAUCACACCGCAGCUAUCACCUAAUAGUGCUUUACAUCUCCUAGACUUGGAGAACGUUUGGGCAAAUAAGAAUAUUCUUGACAAUUUGGAGACAAUAAAAAAUUUCAGACCGUGGGUCACAAUCAAGUUAGGUGGGAUUUUGAGUAAUUAUAAGAUCAUUGGACCGAAUGUUAGGAAAAUACUUCUAGACAGAGCGAACUACGAAGCAAUGCAACCAAAACAAAAGAGACAACAACGUAACUUCGGCGACUUUGUGAAGUCGCUGGAAGAUACAAAAAUUAAGCGAACAAACUUUAUGCAGCUAGUGAAGAAGUUCAAACUAAAACUUUCAACGUCACUUGUCGAUGAAAUUAUGAAUGCAUUCGAGGAAUCAAAAGACAUUGUCGAUCAAGAACUGUUAAAAUCAUUUUAUCUUAAAGAAUAUCCAGAAGAAUAUUCAGUAACUGAAACAGAAGAAGCUGCACUAAAAUUAAAGAAAAGGAAAGUGCAAAUUAUCGAGUAG